UGGAGCAGCUCCAAUGAACUCCUGGGAGGUUCCCAUGAACUUUCUGGAAGAAGGUGGACUGGCUGAACGGUUUCUUCACAUUGAGCGAGAGCAGAUAGUCCGCCUGAACUCUCUCAGCUUCCUUGAUCCUGUCCAGUAUGUUUAUAAUCCUUUGGAUUAUGCCUGGGAGCCUCACCAGGACUAUGUACGUAAAUAUUGCCAUUCCCGGAAAGAGGUCCUCUUCCUUGGGAUGAAUCCAGGGCCUUUUGGCAUGGCUCAGACUGGGGUGCCCUUUGGAGCAGUGCAGCUGGUUCGAGACUGGCUGCGGAUAACCGGACAGGUGUUUCGGCCAGCCUGCGAACACCCAAAGAGGCCCAUCCGUGGCUUGGAGUGCCCCCAUACGGAGGUGAGCGGAGCCCGUUUCUGGGGCUUCUUCCGCUCGGUGUGCACCGAGCCUGAAAAGUUCUUCCAACGUUGCUUUGUACACAACCAUUGCCCGCUGCUCUUUGUCAGUCAAAGCGGGCGCAAUCUGACACCGGCUGACCUGCCAGCUGCUCAGCGUGAACAGCUUCUUCAGAUCUGUGAUGAUGCCCUGUGUGAAGCUGUGAAAUUAUUGGGUUUCACGACAGUCAUUGGGGUCGGACGCUUUGCUGAACAGCGUGCCCACAAGGCUCUGUCAGCCGCUGGUAUCCCAGUACGGGUAGUGGGGGUAAUGCACCCGUCCCCUCGCAAUCCCAAAGCUAACAAAGGCUGGGAUGCCAUCAUCCGAGCAAAACUGGAAGAACUGGGCUUGAUGGCUCUCAUCACUGACUAACCUGAGCAUUCCAUAUUGAAGAAAGCAAAGAGCUUUUGCUUUGGUUCUCAUGACUUCUGGAUAACGUCGGAAGCAUUAAUUCUUCUACUGGACUGAUUACAAGAAUCGUCUAGCCUUAGGUCUACAUACACUUUUACUUUCACUACUCUUAUUUACCUUCCUGAGGUUAAUCCAUCAUUUAGAGAUUGGCCAGAUUUUUUUUUUAUAAAGGACAAGGCCAGAAUAUAUUGUCCUUGGUGCUAACACUUAUUUAGGUGGCUUUAGUCAGUUGGCUACCAGUGUCUUGGUAUGCUUCACAGUCGGUAUUCAUGUUGCAGUUUUGUGCAACAAUAUUCCUGUUGAGAUUUUGCUUUUAUCUUUGUCCUUUGGGGGUGAUGUGGCUCCUUAACACUACUUAUGUUGAUGGGCUACCAGUUGAGUUAGCCCAGUAUUGUCUACUCCCAUCUAUAGCCCUUUAAAGCCUAGAUAGGCUUAGUUUUUUAUAUGUAGAGCGGGUGCUCUGACCCAGAGCCAAAUUGUGAAUCAAGAGGGAGAUGUGGGA